AAACACCAAAACGCAGGUUACAGUAGAGCACAUGCGGGAGGAUGGAAAACUGAUUCCCCUACGCGUCCAUACGAUUAUCUUAACCGCCCAGCAUACGCCAGAUGUGACCGUUGAGGAACUCCGUGAAGCAGUCAUCGAUCAGGUCAUUCGCAAGGCGAUACCGUCAGAGUAUCUGGACUCCCAGACCAUCUACCAUAUCCAGCCGUCCGGCGAUGUUGGCGUAACCCCCUCCGGCAAAUUCGCGGGCGUCACAGGCCGCAAAAUCGUGGUGGACACGUACGGCGGAUAGGGAGCCUAUGGGGGCGGAGUGUUUUCUGGUAAAGGCUUUCGCCAGGCUAGCCCUUCAUUGCGGCUGUUGAUUAUAAGGCCAAGUGUCAAGCAUCUCUCAAUGCCAUGGCUAGAAUAGAUAGUCUCAUUUGUAUACUAUGAGUUUUACAGUCAGAGCAUUUUGAGGAAUUAGUGUGCCAUACAAAUACCG